GGCGGGCCCGGGAGGCCGAGGUUCGGGCGGGGCGGUGGGAGAGGCUCGCAGGCGGCGCCGGCAGCGUGGGGAGAGUGGCGCCGCGGGCUGGGCGCUCCGGGCGAGAGGAGUCCGCUCCAUGCGUGCGGGCCGAGGCCGGCCCCUGCGAGCCGCAGACAUGAAGAAAGACGUGCGGAUCCUUCUGGUGGGAGAACCUAGAGUUGGGAAGACAUCACUGAUUAUGUCUCUGGUCAGUGAAGAAUUCCCAGAAGAGGUUCCUCCCCGGGCAGAAGAAAUCACCAUUCCAGCUGACGUCACCCCUGAGAGAGUUCCAACGCACAUUGUAGAUUACUCAGAAGCAGAACAGAGUGAUGAACAACUUCAUCAAGAAAUAUCACAGGCUAACGUUAUCUGCAUAGUUUAUGCUGUUAACAACAAGCAUUCUAUUGAUAAGGUAACAAGUCGAUGGAUUCCUCUCAUAAAUGAAAGAACAGACAAAGACAGCAGGCUGCCUUUGAUAUUGGUUGGGAACAAAUCUGAUCUGGUGGAAUACAGUAGUAUGGAGACCAUCCUUCCUAUUAUGAACCAGUACACAGAAAUAGAAACCUGUGUGGAGUGUUCAGCAAAAAAUCUGAAGAACAUAUCGGAGCUCUUCUAUUAUGCACAGAAAGCUGUUCUUCAUCCUACAGGGCCCCUGUACUGCCCAGAGGAGAAAGAGAUGAAACCAGCCUGUAUAAAAGCCCUUACUCGUAUAUUUAAAAUAUCUGAUCAAGAUAAUGAUGGUACUCUCAAUGAUGCUGAACUCAACUUCUUUCAGAGAAUUUGUUUCAACACUCCGUUAGCUCCUCAAGCUCUAGAAGAUGUCAAAAAUGUAGUCAGAAAACAUAUAAGUGAUGGUGUGGCUGAUAGUGGAUUGACACUGAAAGGUUUUCUUUUUUUACACACACUUUUUAUUCAGAGAGGGAGACAUGAAACUACUUGGACUGUGCUUCGACGAUUUGGUUAUGAUGACGAUCUGGAUUUGACACCUGAAUAUUUAUUUCCCUUGCUAAAAAUACCUCCUGAUUGCACUACUGAAUUAAAUCAUCACGCAUAUUUGUUUCUCCAAAGUACUUUUGACAAGCAUGAUUUGGAUAGAGACUGUGCUUUGUCACCUGAUGAGCUUAAAGAUUUGUUUAAAGUUUUCCCUUACAUACCUUGGGGGCCAGAUGUGAAUAACACAGUUUGUACGAAUGAAAAAGGCUGGAUAACCUACCAGGGAUUCCUUUCCCAGUGGACGCUCACGACCUAUUUAGAUGUGCAGCGAUGCCUGGAGUAUUUGGGUUAUCUAGGCUAUUCAAUAUUGACUGAGCAAGAGUCUCAAGCUUCAGCCAUCACAGUAACAAGAGAUAAAAAGAUAGACCUUCAGAAAAAACAGACUCAAAGAAAUGUGUUCCGAUGUAAUGUAAUUGGGAUGAAAAACUGUGGGAAAAGUGGAGUUCUUCAGGCUCUUCUUGGAAGAAACUUAAUGAGGCAGAAGAAAAUUCGUGAUGACCAUAAAUCAUACUAUGCAAUUAACACUGUUUAUGUAUACGGACAAGAGAAAUACUUGUUGUUGCAUGAUAUCUCAGAAUCGGAAUUUCUAACUGAGGCUGAGAUCCUUUGUGAUGUUGUAUGCCUGGUAUAUGAUGUCAGUAACCCUAAAUCCUUUGAAUACUGUGCCAGGAUUUUUAAGCAACACUUUAUGGACAGCAGAAUACCUUGCUUAAUCGUAGCUGCAAAGUCAGACCUGCAUGAAGUCAGACAAGAAUAUAGCAUUUCACCUACUGAUUUCUGCAGGAAACACAAAAUGCCUCCACCACAAGCCUUCACUUGCAAUACUGCUGAUGCACCCAGUAAAGACAUCUUUGUUAAAUUGACAACAAUGGCCAUGUACCCAGAGGAUCAUUACAGAGACAGACUCUCCCGAGACAUGGGCAACACUGAUAGAAUAGAGAAUUUGAGAAAAAUCUGGGUCUUUCUAAAAACUGCUUUCCAUGCCCGGUUACGCUGUAUGUGCACCUGCAACAGGUGUACAUUUUGCAUCUGUCAGAACUUCCUCAACUCAGACUUGCUGCAAUCUGUAAAGAACAAAAUCUUCACUGCAGUUCUUAACAGGCACGUGACACAAGCUGACCUCAAGAGCUCCACAUUUUGGCUUCGAGCAAGUUUUGGUGCUACUGUUUUUGCAGUUUUGGGCUUUGCUAUGUACAAAGCAUUAUUGAAACAGCGAUGAUUUAAAAAAAAAAAAAAUACUGGCCCUACCAAAAACAAAUACUUUUAUGUACAUUCUGAAUGCUUUAAAUUCCGCUAGAAAUAUUGAGAUAUUUAUACAUGCAGAGUUACUUUGUUAAUAUUUGUAAUUCAUGCGUAAGAGUAUUUUAAUGAUAGUUAUAACUGCAGUAUUGGCUAGCAUAUGGAAGGAAACAGCUUAACAGCCAAACUAAAAUGACUAACUUUCAGAGGCCGAAAGGGAAUAUUUUGUAAAUAAUGUACAUAUUCAGGCAAGAUAUGGUCUCCCAGACUGAGUUCAAGAAAUGAUGUCUCUAGACGUUUCUACAUGGUAUUAUUAGUGCUCAGUUGGCUCACUCUCCUAGGUUUAAGUCAGCUCAGAGACUUUAUUUACUCAUUGAUCACUUAUUUAUUUCACAUUUACUCAGAAUGAUCUUUGGGUACUUUAAGUACACGAGGCACAAUUUGCCUUUUUCUCUCCGUUUUUAAAAACGUGACUUUCUUUCAGUCCCAUCCUUCAUGGUAGGCCAGCCUUGAAGCCAUCGUUCAGUCUAGAAAAUUGUAUAGCUGAGUGUGAUGCGCUCCUUUAAGGAAGGAGUAAGCUCAAGGCGAUUAGCAAAGGCGUCACCUGUGUGAUUAUUUUGUUUCCUUUGUCAGUAUGUUGAAUUUUAUAGCCCUUUCAAUCAAAUGAGAAAAAAGAUUUGUAUAUUAUCAAUGUUUUUAGUUUAAAUAAAUAGUCACCAUUACUACUAUUGAGUUUCCUCCCAAAGUGUAAAUCAUUCUAUAAUGGCUGUGUCUAUUAUAGUAUAUUACAGUAGCUGCAUGUGUCAUGAAGUGUUCUAUAUCUGGCUAGGAUAACCUAGAAGCAGCACUUUUUUAAAUGGUGAAAUAAAUCUAAUGAAUAAAACUCUCAUUAUGAACCUAUUUUUUCCAUCAUUGACCUUUUCAAGUAUUUAAAUAAAUAAGCACUGUGUACUGUGAUCUUGAGUUUUUUGUCUAACAAAAGUAAAUAUUUCUGUACAGAUGUGAAUGAAAUCCUCUGGUUUCUGUCUUUCCUGUCUUGAAAAUUAUUUUUUAUAUAAAAAGAUAAUACUUAUUAGGAAAGAAGACAAGUAUGAUUUGUAUGUAUCAGAGGAAAUCUAUUUUAAAGUUGUGGGGAAAUCUAUUCUCAGAAAAAGGCAAUUGUUUUCCCCUACACAUACCUAACUAAUGUGGUUUUUGCUACGAUUUACAUGUUUAUUUUCUCCUUUAACAUGGAUUUUUUUUCCCUCUGUUCUUCUGAGGGGUGUUUUCUCCCUAAGAUCACACCCCUUGAGCAGCUAGGAACAACAUGAUUUAUUAGCUAUAAGCUUGUAAACUAAUGUGUGUCAUGUUCACUUCAUAAUUCCAUGUCUCCCUCCCCCCUCCCAUUUCCAUUCUGAAUUUGAGGAAAAGGAAAAUUGAGCAAAAAAUCUGGUGGCUCCUCAUUUUCAUUAUUUCCUGAGAGUUUCUCAUUUACCAAAUAAAUUUCAGUUACACAGCUUCCAAUGACAGUUAAUUCUUUCCUUCCAAGUUCUUCCCUGUUCAGACUGAAAUAUUAUUUUCAAUGAGUAUGCCCAAAGGUGAAAAGUAGUAUGUUUGCAUAUUUAGAUUUUUCUCUCUUAAUCUUUUCGCUUGAGGCCUAAGUGUCUGAUUCACAAGAAGGCACCUGCCCUAUUUCUUUACCUGCUCUUGACACGUCUCCCUCCCUGGAGGAAGCCUUCCUCCACUCUCAGUCCAGGCAGGGUGGGUUUGCAGAGGAAAUGCUCACUGUUUUCUGCUCUUUAAUCUACAGGCUCAUGCGGAUCUUUUUCCUUGUUUCAUAUCCACGUUAGGGACUAGUUAAUGUGGGGAAAUAUGUGAAUCAAUACAGUAAUAGGCCUCUUCUGGCUUUUACAGUUUACUCGAAGGUGCAAGCUGUAAGAGUACUAAGGAAAAAUGAGGAAAAUAGGACUUUGAGGGUUGAAAGGAAACCUUUCACUUUGCACCAACUGCAUUAUAUUUUAAAUGGACAAUUCUGAAACUGCUCCGGUAUUUUAACGAAUUUUCGAGGCGGUCCUGUGAAGAAACAUCACUUUGAAGGUUUGUAGUCCCUUGGCAUAAUGUAGUGACUUAGCCUUAAUUAGCACAUCAAUGGUCUGUUGCUUCUUGCCAUUCAUCUGUCUUUCUCUUUCACAUUUGACCAAAAAAUGGGCCAUGUCCCACACUGGCAGAGCUUAUGAGUGUUAUAGUAGGAGUGGGCUGGUGUUAGGAGUUUGGGAAGCACAUCACCAUUCUGAAAUGGCCUGUGAGAUGAGGUAGGAGGGUUGUGGAUAUCUGUUUGUGCAGAUCUGUACAUCACCUCUGUCAGAGGAAGGCACCAAAGAGGAGGUAUACUGCUGAGCCAGUCCUGAUUGAAAGGAGAACUUUUCUGACCUGAGGGAAGGCAACUGAAUAAUGACUAGCAGAGGGGAAACAGAGGUAAGUGCUCAAACUCUGUAUAGGGCAUAAACCUUUCCUAAACAGACCCUCACAAUGCACCUGGUGUUAACUUUGAUGCCCCUUUUGUCUCAAUUGUACUAGUAAACAUCAGUGUAAAAGUGUCUUUAAAAUACAUGUGCAAAUCUUAAAAAUGAAUAUGUGACCUAAUUUUCAUUAGCACAUUUAUUUGGCAUCAUCCUCGAAUUUUUAAUAGUCCGUGUGAUUUUAGGAAGCUGAUUCGGGACUAGAUGCUUUUUGAGAAAUACCCCAUGUCAAGAUUCUAAAUUUAUUUAAUGUUUGUAGUAUGAGAAUGCUCCAUGCAGGUAGCCUGAACCAAAAACCUCGAUCCCCAGAUUCACAGUCCCAAUAACCCAUUUGUUGAAACCUCUAAUCUUACAAGUACUUCUUGUCUUUUAAACUCUAUUUAUCAAAAGGCUCCAUCAGUAACAGUGAAUGUCUGUUAACCUGUUUGGCUCUCAGCUCUUUGGAAGUCUCUGACCUGUGAGUAUCACAGUUACUGUGUCUCAGAUCUCUCUAGUGCAUCCCCAAUUCAAAAACUAUGUCCCCUUGCCUCCCGUGGCAUGCUUACACUUGUCAUACCAUUUGUCUCGGUUAUUUUUGGUUCAGAAAACACAGACACCUUACUAAAAGGUGAGAUUUUGAAAUCAUUAGGAAACUUCCUAACUUCGUAGUGCCAUUCUGGUUCCUAGCUGUAUUUUCCAGUGAUAAUGUUUUACUCUGUCGUUUUCUCUUCUCCUUUAGCAUAGAGAGCUGCAGAAAGACAGUAAAAUUGAGAGAUUGUCAUUCCUUCUGGGUUUGAAAGCUGCAUGUCAGAUACACACAAACAAGGAGGCCUUGCCAGUAUUAUCCUCAUCUGUUGAAAAAUUCAAGUUCUGUACGAACACUUUUCCUCUUUCAGUAUUUUCCUAUUCAUACUUUACCCAUGUCUUUUAUGAUCUAAAUAACCCUUGGAAGUGUUUGUUAUUAAAAUGACAUGGGUAUAUAGGCUGUGGUGUAACUUAGGGGUCGCAAACUUUUUCUGUAAAGGGUCAGAUAGUAAAUAUUCGAGAUUUUUGCAGCUGCUCAACUAUGUCAUAGCAAGAAAGUAGCCACAGACAUUAUGUAAACAAAUGAGCGUGACUGCAUCCCAAUAAAACUUUAUUUAUAGGCACCGAAAUUUGAAUUUUGCAUAAUUUUCACUUGUCAAAAAAUAUUCUUACUUUGAUUAUUGUAACCACUUAAAAAUGUAGAAACUAUUCUUGGCUCAUGGACUGUAGAAAAACAGGCUGUGGGCCAGAUUUGACCAACUCCUUGGUGUAAUUGAUGAAAGUACUAGUAGUAAAUGCAUAGCAGGUUAAAAAAAUUUACCUGAUUGUUUCGGAAUUUGAAAAGGUACAGUACUAGGAAGAACUUAAAACGACUGUAGUCAUGUUUUAUUUAUAGGGAAACCAAGAUUGGACCUGCAGAAAGUGUUUGAUUUCUUUCACUCUUACUGAUGGUCCUGUUGUUCACCAGAACAUGGUGCUCUGGCUGAGCUGGCGCCCACCUCGCAGCAUGGCACUCAGAAGUUGCUCUGCAACAUGUGGGAUCUUCCCGGACCAGGGCUCGAACCCGUGUCCCCUGCACUGGCAGGCGGAUCCCUAACAACUGUGCCACCAGGGAAGUCCUGCAACCCUUUCUUAAGAAGCAACUUUACUCAGUCACUGUAGCCCUUGUGGAAACACUGACUAGCAGCCCUGGAAACGAAAGGAUCUUUAGGUGGUAUUGGCAAUUCACUAGGUUGCUGGGGGAGGAGUAGAAAAUCAUGGACUUAAGAGCUAAAAUUUUGAAUCCCAACUUUGCCACAUUCAUUGUGCAAACGACUUGAUUUUCUGGUUCUGUUUCCUCUCUCUAAAAUGAAGAUCAGGAUCACUGUGCACAUUCACUAAGAUCCGUCCCUGGUGGUAUUUCAUCUUCCUCCUUCCCCAGGAGAAUAGAUCUUCAUCCCCACAGCAAGCACCACUGGGGGGCAAGGCUCUGCCCCUCCUACGCUUGGGUGGCAGCCAGAUUUUUUUUCUACGUGUAUCUGACAAAUGUCUUGAUUAAGCUCUCUUGAGUAUUAGGGCCAGUAAAAUGUCCCUCGCCCCUGUUGUCUUGGCAGGCGGCACAAAUAGCUGACUUGCCUAUCUUGCUGGCUACUUUCUCUUUCUCAGUCUCUUGCUGAGUCUUCAACCUGUCUUCAACCUUUAAAGUGUUAGCAUAUCCCAGGGUUCUGUCCUGAGUUUCCUUAUCCUCUCUGCCUAUACUGUCUCUAGGUGAUCUCAUCGAGUGCCCUGAUUUUAUUUUUCUAAAUUUUUAUUUUGGAAUAAUUUGAAACAUUUUAAAAGUUGUAAAAAUAAUAGGGUUUGUCUAUUCUGGGCAUUUCAUAUAAAUGGAGUCAUACAAUAUGUGGUCUUUUGUGACUGGCUUCUUUUUAGCAUAAUGUUUUCAGGGUUCAUCCACAUUGUAGCAUGUGUCAGUACUUCAUUCCUUUUUUUUUUUUUUUUUGGAGAGGGGGCUGAAUAAUAUUUCAUUGUAUGGCUAUACAGGCAGACCACGAUGAUACUGUAUAGUGAGUUUGGUACCAGACCACCACAACAAAGUAAAUACUGCAAUAAAGUGAGUCACUUGAACUUUUUGGUUUCCCAGUGCAUAUAAAAGCUAUGUUUACGCUAUACUGUAGUCCAUUAAGUGUGUAAUAGCAUUAUGUCUAAAAAAACAAUGUGUGUACCUUAAUUUAAAAGUACUUUAUUACUGAAAAAUGCUAACCAUCAUCUGAGCCUUCAGUGAGUCGUAAUCUUUUUGCUGGUGGAGGGUCUUGCCUUGAUGUUGAUGGCUGCUGGCUGCUGGCUGAUCAGGGUGUUGGCUGCUGAAGGCAGAGGGGGUGGGGCUGUGACAAUUUCUUAAAACAACAAUGAUGUUUGCCACAUCAGUUGACUUUUCCUUUCACAAAUGAUUUCUCUGUAGCAGGCAAUGCUGUUUAAUAGCAUUUUACCCACCAUAGGACUUCUUUCAAAAUUGGCAUCAGUCUUCUCAAACCCUGCCAUUGCUUUAUCAACUAAGUUUAUGUAAUAGUCUAAAUCCUUUGUUGUCAUUUGAACAGUCUUCAUAGCAUCUUCACCAGGAGUAGGUUCCAUCUCAAGAAACCACUUUCUUUGCUCAUCCAUGAGAAGCAGCUUCUCACCCAUGAGAGUUUUUUCAUGGGAUUGCAGCAAUUCAUCACACCUUCAGGCUCCACUUCUAAUUCUAGUUCUCUUGGUGUUCCUACCAUAUCUGCAGUUACCUCCUCCCCUGAAGUCUUGAACCUCUCAAGGUCAUCCAUAAGGGCUGGAAUAAACUUCUAAGUUUCUGUUAAUGUUGAUAUUUUGACCCUUUCCCAUUAAUCGUGAAUGUUCUUAGUGGCAUCUAGAAUCCUUUCCAGAAAGUUUUCAAUUUAUUUGCCCAGAUCCACGAGGGGAAUCACUAGCUAUGGCAGCUAUAGCCUUACAAGAUAGAUUUCUUAAAUAAUAAGACUUGAAAGUUAGAAUUACUCCUUGAUCCAUGAUCUGUAGAAUGGCUAUUGCAUUAGCAGACAUGAAAACAACAUUAAUCUCAUUGUAAGUCACCAGCUGCAUUAGCCCCUAACGAGAGUUAGCUUGUCCUUUGAUGGUUUGAAGCCAGGCAUUGACGACUCUCUAGCUAUUAAAGUCCUAGAUGGCAUCUUCUUCCAAAAUACUGUUUCGUCUACACUGAAGAUCUGUUUAAUAUAGCCACCUCCAUUAAUGAUCUUAGCUAGGUCUUCUGAGUAACUUGUUGCAGCUUUUCCAUCAGCACUUGCUGCUUCACCUUGCACUUUGAUGUUAUGGAGACGGCUUCUUUCCUUAAACCUCAUGAACCAACCUCUGCUGGCUUCACACUUUUCUUCUGCAGCUUCCUCACCUCUCUCAGCCUUCACAGAAUUGAAGAGAGUUAGGGCCUUGCUCUGAAUUAGGCUUCGGCUUAAGGGAAUGUGGUGGCUGGUUUGAUCUUCUAUCCAGACCACUCAAACUUUCUCCAUGUCAGCAAUAGGCUGCUUUGCUUUCUUAUCAUUCAUGUGUUCACUGGAGUAGCAUUUUUAAUUUCCUACAAGAAUUUUUCCUUUGCGCUCACAACUUGGCGGUUUGGCAAAAGCCUGUUUCAGCUUUUGACAUGCCUUUCUCACUUGAGUUUAAUCAUGUCUAGCUUUUGAUUUAAAGUGAGAGACGUGUGACUCUUCCUUUCACUUGAACACUUAGAGGCCAGCGUAGGGUUAUUAAUUGGCCUAAUUUCAAUAUUGUUGUGUCUCGGGAGUAGCGAGGCCUAAAGAGAGGGAGAGAUGGGAGCAGCUGGUUGGUGGAGCAGCCGGAACACACAACAUUUAUCGAUUGUGUUUGCUUUCUUAUAUUGGUACAGUUCAUGGUGCCCCAAAACAAUUAAAAUAGUAACAUCGAAGAUCACUGAUCACGGAUCACUAUAACAAAUAUGAUAAUAAUGAAGAAGUUUGAAAUACUGCAAGAAUUACCAAAAUGUGACACAGAGAUACGUAAUGAGCAAAUGCAAUUGGGAAAAAUGGCACGGAUAGACUUGCUCAACACAGUGUUGCCACAAACCUUCAGUUUGUUUAAAAAAAAAAAAAUGCAGUAUCCGUGAAAUGUCUGUACCAUAUUUUGUUUAUUAUCAGUUUAUGGACAUUUGGAUUGUUUCU